GUCCCCAAGGCGUAAACACGCAGCAUCCUGUUAUCACUCACUCUCUCUCACUCAUUCACUCACUCUCUCACUCUCUCUCUCUCUCUCUCUCUCUCUCUCUCUCUCUCUCGCAAUAACUCACUCACUCUUUCACUCUCACUCACUCACUCUCACUCACUCUCUGUCUGUCUGUCUGUCUCACACUCUAUCCGACGCACACGGUUUUUUCGGCCAGAGAAUCGAAGUGGCGGUUCUGUCGAAUAUUACGACGAACAGUGCCGCCGCCGUGGUCGUGCGUCACCGUCAUCCGCGAGCCGAAAUACCGACGCACUUAAUCAACGACCGUAAACACAACGAUGCUGACCGCACCGGGUAAACGGGACGCUGCGUCGUCUCGUUGGAUUGAUAUUAUUCGUUGAGCGCGGACGGCCAGUACCGCUGCCUACCGGUCCGAUCGGCGGCCAUGGCGACCGAAUACCGACAACGUCCCGGCAUGGGCGACCAUUUCGACGACGAGGAUCUUGUGAUGAGUUCAGCCCAACAACGACGAAACUGGCGUGGGAUACUCAUCGCUCUGAUGGUCAUCGUCGCGGUUUUAGCUAUGAUAGUAACGUCUGUAGUCUUAUUGACUCCACCUCAACCAGAAGAACUGUCGGACUCGUACUCGGACUUGGAGAACGGUGGCAGAGCUGGUUCGGACUACUAUUACAAUCAACGGGCAAACGAUGAACUUUGGUGGCGUCACCGAGGUAUGAGGACAUUACGUUUAUCAGAUAUACUGUCAGAUUCAGCAAACAUAAAAUUAUUCAACGGAACGUGGAUUUCUGGUACCGAGAUAUUUUACGUAACCAGCACUGGUAACUUGGCCAUUAUGGAGAUUAUGGCAGACGGUAUUACACAGACUACUCACCACAUAAUGUCCAAAAAAACGUUACAGAAAUUAAAAGGUCCGCUCGUGUCAUUCGAACUAUCACCUGAUCGUAAUCACGUACUCAUAGGUCAUCACGCAAAAAAAUUGUUGAGAUAUUCGAAAACGGCUCGUUAUACGGUUUAUACUGUGUCAACCAGGCAAAUGACCCCUAUAACGUUGGAAGAUCAUCGAAAUCACCGAAACGUAACCGCUUCUGCUGAUCUUCAGCCAUAUUUUCUGCACGCUCAAUGGCACAAGUUUUCAACUGUGACCGAGAAAAACGUCGAGUCUAUGGCGUUGAUCAUCGUGUAUCGGUAUGAUGUGUACUACGUGCCGUGGUCACUGGAAUCGACAGCUACCCCGGGUACCAACAUCGGGAAAAAUAACGUUACAAUCGAUUCACAGACGUCAAACGUCACCAACUCCUCGUAUACUCCUCUUUCCACUCCAUCACUAAACGAUAAACAAGACAACGGCGGAGACAACGACACGUCUAAUAAAUUGACAUGGAACCCAUGGCCUUACGGCCCAGUUCGCCGAAUUACCACGUCUGGGUCCGGUGGAUCGGGUACCGCUGCCGGAAUCGUGAGCAACGGAGUAGCUGAUUAUCUAUAUGAAAUGGAGAUAUUGAAGAGGUCCCCAGCCAUAUGGCCAUCAUCCGGGCGGUAUCUGAUGUACGCAACGUUUGAUGAUCGACGGGUGGGAGAAUACAAGUAUUCAGUUUACACGAAGGGUGGACGGCAAAAUAACAACGUCGAUGAUGGUGAUACCGAAAAACAUUCUAAGCAGCGAAAACCAAAACGACGCAGGAGGCGUUUAAGGCGAAAUUCAAAACCUGAAGAAGCACCAAGUAUAGCGGAAGACGACAGCACAUCUGAGUAUUAUUUGUACCCUCAUAUACGCACUCUUAAAUAUCCAAAGGCUAACACACCAAAUCCCGCAGUCACUUUAUCAGUGAUCGUAAAUCUCGAUCAACUAGAAAAUAAGCAAAUACAACCAAAAAUACGCACCUUGACACCACCACCAAUUUUCCAAUAUACUGACGAUUACUAUUUCACGGCAGUUCAAUGGGUAAACGACGGAGGUGUCGGCAGUGGAGGUGGAAGUCUCGAGAUCGACGAUGAUAAAUCGGGUGCUUCGGCAGCCGAGGUAUGCGUGGUGUGGCUGAACCGAGCACAAAACACAAGCGUGACGACGCUCUGCAAAUCACCCAUGUGGAUGUGUCAGGAGACCCAAGUGAUUAACGCAGUAGGAGCUGUUGGCGGUGGCAGUGGUAUAAGAGGUGGACAAGGAAGUGAGACUUUCAACAGUGAUCGCGCUCGUCGUCGAUACAGACGCAAUGGUGGUGGAUCACAGAAAACAUCACAUGAAGCAGUCCAUGGAAUGAAAAACAACAGUAUUAACGCAUCUUCGCCGAACAAAGACCACCGCCGUCGCCGUCAGCCGCACCAGCACGGCCAACAUAAGCAUGGUGGUCAACAUCAGCAUAACGGCCACCACAGCCGUCGGCGACGAGACGGAUACGUUAACUCUGGUAGCUACGAAGUUCCGAGAGGACGAUAUGGUGGUUGGGUGGAUGCCACUGUCGGCGGGGCCGGUGGUGGAGUUCCGUCGACCGGAGGUGGUGUCAGCGAUGGCGGCUACCGUAUGAUCUCGGCCACCACUUGGUGGUCAGGUGGACCCAACAUCAACGAUGGGGGAGAAAACUUCAUAGGCGACGACGGAUACGCGGGCAUAGCUAGUUUCGGUAGCACUGGUACUGGUGCUGUGUAUGCGAUGGCCGCCUUGGUUCGCAAGGGAUGGGAAACGGGUGACAAGGAACUGACACCACGAGCGCCAGUGUUCGCGACGGAUGGUCAGGGAUACGUUAGCGUGGCACCGGUACGCGAUGACGAGCACGAUGACAACGAAGAGGAAGACAGUGAAGGAGGGGUGCGUCUCCGACGACCGACCGUAAAACAGUCAUCACGCGACCGAAAUGGCAAAAGCAGGGCACAGUCGUCAAUUGGAAAGUAUUAUGCUCAAGUUGUAGCUGUAAACAUAACGAAGAAACUUUUAGCGCCACUAACAUUUGGUGAAUUUGACGAUGACAACGACAACGAUGGGAACAAAGAAGACAAAAAAAAAAGCAAAGUCGUCACUAAAAGUUGGACGGUAGUCAGGAUUUUGGCUUGGGACCAACGAACUGAUAUGAUUUACUUUCUUGCCGUACCAUCCGGUCGUGGUGCACCACACCACCGUCAUUUGUAUGCAGUCAAGUUUACGUCUGCGGCAUCUUCAACUACAGUAAAUACUGAUGCCGGUUACCGAAUGGGACACCAUCAUCAACAACAGUUCCGUAAAACUUACCGUCAUAGCAACCGUAGCAGGCCAGUGUGUCUAAGUUGCGAUAUAGGUUUUACCGGCAACAUAAGACGUCGCGAACGUCGUGAAUUUGGUGGAAAACAGAACCGAAUGGAUGAGGCGCGAGACGGUCGGUUAAGGCAGCAACAGCGGGAACGAUGGGAAAAUCUAAAGGAAGAAGAAGAAGACAAUGAAGAGGAGGCUGCCACCGCGGAAGAAGCAGAACGCCGUCAGCAGCGAAAUCGUCGACAGCAGCAACGAGAAUUGCAGAAUCGUGGAAUGUUGAGACACUGCACAUACUUCGAUGCCCAGUUCUCACGGGAUGGUAGCCAUUAUGCUUUGGUGUGUCUGGGCCCUUCAGUUCCAUAUGUUACAUUGCAUAGAACCAUAUUAGAUGAUAUUGACAAUACUGAAGACAACAGUGAUGGUAGUGGAAGUAGUGAUGAACCAGACAGCGUUCCACUAACUACACAGAAAAUGCCUAAAGAUUCUUCCUACUCCUUUGAGUUGAUUGCUCUUAUAGAAAAUAACACUCGUCUACAGGACAAAUACACGAAUCGAGUUUUGCUACCAGGUACCAGAACUUUUCAAUUAAGACUUUCCGGCGGUCGUAAACUGACCACUUCAGGGGGCUUACAUUUUAAUGAUCCACUUGCAGCAGCUGAUUAUUAUAGUAAUGGUGGCGACCAACAGCAACAUUUUUCGACUAAAAAACGUCCAGAUUCAGAUCCUCUGACCGUGGCACAGGUCCGAUUGUAUCUACCAUUAGGCGUUUACGAUCCUGAGGCUGAUCCUCGACCAGAAUUCAUGUCAAACCAUAUCAGAAAUUCUGGAAACUCUGAUAAAGGUGAUAUUACUAAUGCCGAAGUAACCGCUAAAACCAGUGACAGCUCUUCGACUAAGCACAGCCAUCGGCGUCGACGAAGAUCGUCAUCAACUGCAUCUUCCGCACAUAAUAGCAAUGAUGACAGUGGAGAUGGAUCAAAACGACAACGACGUCCUCGGAAAAAACAACGUCAACAUCGUUUGAAAAAGUUGUAUCCUAUGCUUGUGGUAGUUAACUCAGACCCAGGGUCACAGGCUAUCACUGAUCGAUUUACUGAUCGAUUAGGCUAUACUACAGGAUUACUAUGCUCAGGUUCAUUGGGCAGAACGCUACCGAGUGCUAGUGGUAGAAGUUCAGCAGGCCUAAGAUAUAGUGGGAAUGAGUGGGAUCGUCAGCGGCCGAGAGGUCGUCGGGAUCGUCGGUCUCCGGCGACUAGAUAUUAUUCCUCUGGACAUUCAGACGACUACGAUGACGACUCUUAUGACUUCGAUCAAAAUAAUGACGACGAUACAAAUAAUAAUGAGUACGUAGUGGCUGUGAUAGAUACAGGACGAGGGACAUGGGCCCGAGGUUAUGAGUCGUUGUUGGCCUUAAAUUAUGGGGAUGGCAAUGACGGAUAUGGAGAUGAUGGCGGAGAAGACGAUGUUGGGCCAGGUGGACUUCUAGGUACUGCUGACCUUCGUGAUCAGUUGGAAGCAGUUGAGUAUCUGCUUUCAAGCUCUACCGCCACCAGCGAUGGUUUUAAAGACAGUGGUCAGGGGUAUUACAGCGAAGAUCGCCCAAGAGGUAGUAGCAGCCGUGACCGUUCUAGAUGGUUUUCACCGACUUCACAAUCAAAUAGAAGGUACUAUAGCGAUGAUGAUGACUAUUAUGACGAUGACGAAGAAUAUGAUGACAGUACCGACAAAAAUGACAACGAAGAUUACUACUAUUAUUACUAUAGCAAUGACGGAGAUAAUGGUGACUAUGGUGAUGAUAACCGAGGAGAUAAUUUUUACAGGGACAACGAUGGUAAGAGAAGUCGUAGAGACCGUAGAGGCGCUAGUGACACAAAAGCAAACACUGAGGCACUACGGUUACCAUACGUAGAUGCAAGUAAAGUAGCGUUAUUGGGCGGUGGACCAACAUCGCCUUCAACACCACCAUCAGUCUAUGGUGGAUAUGCUGCUGCUCGGAUGGCUUUAUGGCAAACCAUUUAUGGUGGUGCGCCAAUUGUGAAAAAAAGUGAUGAAUCUGGUGACAAAGGAAAUAGAAAGGAACCUGUGGCAAUUCGAUCUUCGUUCAAGUGUGCUGUAACUAUGGCACCUGUAUGUUCAUGGCGCCUAUAUGCUUCUGCAUUUGCUGAACGUUACUAUGGAUAUUACGGGGAAAAUGAUAGAGAUAACUGGAUGUCAUAUGACCGUUCAGACUUAAUACCAUUAACACCUUCAUUUAACGAGUCAUCGUUGUCGCCGUCUUCAACAGGAAAAGGAAUAAACUUAUUAGUGAUGCAUGGAACAGCGGACACUAUAAUACAUCCACAGAACUCAAUGAUGCUAGUUCGAGGAGUCAUGCAACAACAGCAGCAACAAUUCGUACCUGGACUUAUAAGUAGUGUUGGACGUCGAAAUAAUAAUUCAACUGCAUCUGGAGGACGAUUCGCUGGAGGGUUUCCUACACGAGUUGGAGCCAUUCGGAUAUCACAACUAGUAAUGCCAGACGCAGACUUGAGUAAUUCAAGAAUGGCAACAGACGUAGAAAACAGUUCUCCGAUAGAAAACCACCAUCAACUACUUCACUCAAUUUUCGGUCAUGUCACACAAUAUCUGGCCUCAGAGUGUUUUACCAGUGUAGGCGAUGGAAACCGAGGCCGAGGCAUUAGGACACGUAGCCGACGCUUACGAAAACGGAGGAGAAGGAGAUGGAGGACCAGCAAUCGAGACCAAGAAAAAUCAGACGACCAGCAGCAGCAGAAACGGGGAGAAGAGCACCAACAGCACCAGCAAAACCAGCGCAGUGACAAAAGUAAUUCUGAUACUAGCAAUGAAAGCGGUGGGGGUGGUGACCGUAGUUCCGGCGGUAGAUACCGUCGACACGAUAUUGAUAGCAAUCAGCCAAACUCGGAGAGUAGUAUCAAGAAUGACAUGGUAGAAGUAAAAAUUAAGGUUAAUGGCGCUUAUAGUGAUAAUAAAAUAAAAAAUAUUAGUUGGCUUAACAGCUACAUGGGAAAUUUUACCAUUCCUAAUAACAGUAAUAACAAUAGUAACAAUGUCAGUAAGAGAAAAGAACGAGAUGACGACGAUGGAGCAGAAGUCGAUGAAGAAGAUGAUGAGGGCGAGGAAAGCGACGACGAAUACUAUGACGCAGAAGAGAAUGACGAAGAAGACGGAGAUAGUGAAGAUGGAGAUAAUGACGACGAUGAGUAUCCUUGACUCUUGACAAGUUAUUAUUCAGCAACAUGAUGAUGAGCGGAAACCAGCUCGUGGAUUUUUAUGGCACUAUGAUUAUUAAAUAUUUUAUUUUUAGGUUAACCAAGUAACAUUAGUUUUAAUAAUAUUCAUCAAAGACAACCAAAUCAUUAGAAAAUAAUCUUUAAACCAAUAAAUACCAUUGUAUUUUAAAAAUCUCCUAAAAAAUAACGAAAAAUAAUUUUCUAAUCUCCAACAAAAUCAUUCAAAGAUUUCAUUAGUAAAAAUAUUAGAGCUCCUUGACUAUAACAUUUCACCAUGAAUUACAAUAGUCAAUUUAUUUUAUUUGGAUGACAACAACGUCGUUUAUCGUAUCCAAUUUAAUUAGUUAAUAUUGUGAGCGAUUUUAUAUAAACACAAAUUACAUUCUAAAAUUACUUGAACUCUAUUAUGGAGAAAAUAAAAUAUACAAUUUUAGUAUUCUCUAUCUUCAUUGGUAUUUUUAACACCACAUAAUAUAUUUCAAAUUCAAAAUCAUAUCUAUUAUAACUGUUGUUAUUAUUACAAUAUUUUAUUAUAAGUUAUAAGUGUUAGUUAUUAUUAGUUAUAAUUAUUAUUAUUAUAACAUUUUUACCUAUAUGUAUCAUAAGUAGGACGAUAUAACAAAUGUAGCACAAUAACGAAGAAAACAAUCUACUUCAUAAUUCGUACAUCCGGAAAUAUAAUUAAUAUCACUUAAAACAUGAAUGGGAAUGCACAGAGUCAAAGCAAACAUUAAUUAACUAACCUUCUUUAUAAUAUUGAUAUAUCACAUAAUCGUAUCUCUAUUUUUAUUACGUUAUAAAAACCAUUCCGACAGUUUAUAAAAUAUACCGACAUAAUCAAAAUUGGGUUUCAUUGUAUUUUGCAAAAUUCGCAAUACAAAAUUGUUUAUCUACUAAUAAAUAAAUUAUUAGAAUUUAAUUUUUAUUAUUUUUGUGGAAUGGCCGCUUUUUGUAUAACACGUAAUUGAUAACAAUAAGUAUAUUAAUUAUACUCAAAGGAAUAAAUUAUAAUUUGUGAUACUAAAACAUUUUAUUAUCGUCUAUUACUUAUUUUAUUUUUUAUUUUAUUUAAUUUAUUUACUUAUUUAUAGAAUCAAAAUACUUUUUAUAAUUAAUACCUUUAGAUACCUUUAUAACUUCAUAAUUUCUUACUAUGCCUACAUAAUUAUAGUUUGAAAAAUAAUUUAUAUUAUAGUUGACCUGUAUUUUCUUUUUUAAAAAUUAUUAUCAUUGUUAUUGUGUUAACUUUAUUAAUUUUAUUCUUUAUUAUAAUAUAUAUACACGAUACAUCCAUACUAAUAUGAAGUGUAUAUUUUUCUGUAUGUUUCAAUGUGCCUCUAUGUUGGUACAUUAUUAUUAAUUACAUACAUAUAGAAUACACAACUAUAAUAUUAUAUCAUAUAAUUAUUAUCACUGUUAUUGUAUAGAAGAAAUCUAAAAAAUAUAUUAUACCAAACUUGAAUAAUAAAGAGUGUAAUAAUUGGAUUUA